AUGGUUCAACAUGAUGUCUUCCUCCGCCAAAACUUCAAAAACUUUCCAUGUCCCAGUGGCAAUGGCACGCAAAUGGGCGCCCCUCAAUCAUUCGAUAUCCUGUGCGGUACCAACAUCAACGGCGUAGAAAUAGGUCGGAUGUUCUUGGACUCGCUCAACACUUGCAUGAGUUCUUGCACAUCACAACAAAACCCACGCUGCGAGGCUGUAACGUUCCAGCUAGGCAAUACUUGCAUCCUGAAGGGCUCCAUCAACCGAGCGAGCUCAGCGCAGACAUUAGGGAUGGAUUCGGCGAUAGGCAUCCCAGCCAACCCACCCCCGACCUCGAACUGUGUCCAUGGGGCUAUCCAGCUCGUGCAGGCUAAGAACUUCAACAUGCAGUGCAGGCAGGUUGUGUUCGGCAACGACCUGGAGCAGCAAUUUCACACGCGCUUUGCCGACUGUAUGACCGCGUGUGCGUCAAACUCAGCCUGCCGUGGAGUCAGCUUCGACGUCAACCAAUCGGCUGGGUUCAAGAACUGCUAUCUCAAGACUGGCUUCGGCGCCGGGGAGUUGUUUCAGAAAGAGGGCGUCGAUUCAGCUUUUCUCAUGGCUAACAAUGGCGCUGCGGUGUUUGUGCCCGGGAGCUCAUCCAUUUCUGAAACGAGCUUGGUUACGUUGUCGCACUUGCUUUCCCCAAGCAGCACGGUUGAGGCUGAUGCUCAGCCGGAGUCCGCUGGCGUCGGCAUGACUACUUUUGUGUCGGUCUCCGCGCCCCAAGAAACCGCCUCGGCAGGGCUCUCACUUGCCUUGGUAUCCCCGAGCGCUCUUCCGACGCCUGCAUCACAAGAGUCGAGUUCGAUGACCUCCAACGUCUGGGUCGCCGCCCCCGUGAUCGGCAGCCUCGCAGCGGUGGUCCUCAUCCUGUCCAUCUUCAUCCUCUGGGGUCGACGCCGCCGUAAUAGCCACGAAGACGGUUCUGGCAAGAAUCCCCUGCGCGGCCGUGCCUUUUUCGGCGGUGCGAAGCUUGCCGACGAGGAGACGACAACACGAGCAAUUAUCUCCGGGUCAGGCUCAACACGUUCCGCCGCAAGUCGUGGAAAUGGUGGUGGUGCUGGUGUUCGGGUAUUGAGCGGGAGCGGAAGAAGAGUUGGGUAUGAGGCGCAGAGUGCAGGCACGGGGCCGGGACUGGAUGGGAUUAAGGGCGUUCGGGGUCUUCGAGAUGGGCUGAAUGGGUUGAGGCAGAAUUCAGUGGAUGAGCCGCUCCCGGGAAUCCCGGUGGAGUUUAGAGGGCCACGGGCAAAGAGGUAA